GCGUGUGCUUGUGUGUCUGCCCCCGGAGGGCUGGGUCCUCCUUAUUCACAGGUGAGUCACACCCUGAAACACGGGCUCUCUUCCUGUCGGGACUGAGUCAGGUAGAAGAGUCGAUAAAACCACCUGAUCAAGGAAAGAAAGGCACUGCGGAGCGCAGAGUGAGAACCCCGGGCGCCGCGCAGCGACUCCGCAGAGGAGCCCCGCGCCCGCCAUGCCCGCGCUCCGGCUGAGCUGCUGGCUCUGCUUGGCGCUGCUGCUGCCUGCGGCGCGGGCCACCUUCGGGAGUGAAGACUGUGAUUGCAAUGGGAAAUCCAGGAAGUGCGUCUUCGACGGGAAGCUUCACAGGCAGACAGGCAGCGGACUCCGCUGCCUCAACUGCCAGGACAACACCGAGGGCUUGCGCUGCGAGAGGUGCAAGGAGGGGUUUUACCGGCACAGAGACAGAGACCGCUGUCUGCCCUGCAACUGUAACUCCAAAGGUGCUGUUAGUGCUCGAUGUGACAACUCUGGACGGUGCAGCUGUAAGCCAGGUGUGACGGGAGACAGAUGUGACCGCUGCCUGCCAGGCUUCCGCAUGCUCACGGAUGCUGGGUGCACCCAAGACCAGAGACUGCUAGACUCCAAGUGUGACUGUGAUCCAGCUGGCAUCGCGGGGCCCUGUGACUCGGGCCGUUGUGUCUGCAAGGCAGCUGUCACUGGAGAACGCUGUGAUAGGUGUCGCCCAGGUUACUAUCAUCUGGAUAGGGGAAACCCUGAGGGCUGCACCCAGUGUUUCUGCUACGGGCAUUCAGCCAGCUGCCACAGCUCUGCAGACUACAGCAUCCAUAAGAUCAGCUCCACCUUCCAGCGAGAUGCUGAUGGCUGGAAGGCUGUCCAAAGAAAUGGGUCUCCAGCGAAGCUCCAGUGGUCACAGCGCCAUCAGGAUGUGUUCAGCUCAGCCCGACGAUCCGACCCUGUCUAUUUUGUGGCUCCUGCCAAAUUUCGUGGGAAUCAACAGGUGAGCUAUGGGCAAAGCCUGUCUUUUGACUACCGUGUGGACAGAGGAGGCAGACACCCAUCUGCCCACGAUGUGAUCCUGGAAGGCGCUGGGCUACGGAUCACAGCUCCCUUGAUGCCACUUGGCAAGACGCUGCCUUGUGGGAUCACCAAGACUUACACAUUCAGGUUAAAUGAACAUCCAAGCAGUAAUUGGAGCCCCCAGCUGAGCUAUUUUGAGUAUCGGAGGUUACUGCGGAACCUCACAGCCCUCCAAAUCCGAGCUACGUAUGGAGAAUACAGUACUGGGUACAUUGACAAUGUGACCCUGAUCUCAGCCCGUCCUGUCUCUGGAGCCCCAGCACCCUGGGUUGAGCACUGUGUGUGUCCUGCUGGGUACAAGGGACAGUUCUGCCAGGAUUGUGCUUUUGGCUACAAAAGAGAUUCUGCAAGACUGGGGCCUUUUGGCACCUGUAUUCCAUGCAACUGCCAAGGGGGUGGGGCCUGUGACCCGGACACUGGAGAUUGUUACUCGGGGGAUGAGAAUCCUGACAUUGAGUGUGCCGACUGCCCCAUUGGUUUCUACAACGAUCCGCACGACCCUCGCAGCUGCAAGCCCUGCCCCUGUCACAAUGGAUUCAGCUGCUCGGUGAUGCCCGAGACGGACGAGGUGGUGUGCAAUAACUGCCCCCCCGGGGUCACCGGUGCCCGCUGUGAGCUCUGUGCUGAUGGCUACUUUGGGGACCCCUUUGGAGAACGUGGCCCAGUGAGGCCCUGUCUGCCCUGUCAGUGCAACAACAAUGUGGACCCCAGUGCCUCAGGGAACUGUGACCGGCUGACCGGCAGGUGUCUAAAGUGCAUCCACAACACAGCCGGCGUCUACUGCGACCAGUGCAAAGCAGGCUACUUUGGGGACCCGCUGGCUCCCAACCCAGCAGACAAGUGCCGAGCUUGCAACUGCAACCCAAUGGGCUCAGAGGCUGUAGAGUGUCGAAGUGAUGGCAGCUGUGUCUGCAAGCCAGGAUUUGGUGGCCUUAACUGUGAGCACGAGGCAUUAAGCAACUGUCCAGCUUGUUAUAAUCAAGUGAAGAUUCAGAUGGAUCAGUUCAUGCAGCAGCUUCAGAGCCUGGAGGCCCUGAUUUCAAAGGCGCAGAGUGGUGGCGGAGCAGUACCCAAUACAGAGCUGGAAGGCAGGAUGCAGCAGGCCGAGCAGGCCCUCCGGGACAUUCUGAGAGAAGCCCAGAUUUCAGAAGGUGCUAGUAGAGCCCUCAGUCUCCAGUUGGCCAAGGUGAGGAGCCGGGAGAACAGCUUCCAGAACCGCCUGGACGACCUCAAGAUGACAGUGGAAAGAGUUCGGGCCCUGGGAAGUCAGUAUCAGAACCGAGUUCAGGACACUAGCAGGCUCAUUACUCAGAUGCGACUGAGCAUGGCGGAAAGUGAAGCUACCCUGCGAGACACGAACAUUCCUCCCUUAGAGCACUACGUGGGGCCAAAUGGCUUUAAAAGUCUGGCUCAGGAGGCCACAAGAUUGGCAGACAGCCAUGUUGAGUCAGCCAGUAACAUGGACCAACUGGCAAGGGAAACUGAGGAGUAUUCCCAACAAGCACUAUCCCUGGCACGCAAAGCUCUGAGUGAAGGAGGCGGAAGCGGCAGCUUGGACAGCACUGUGGUGCAAGGGCUUGUGGGAAAGUUGGAGAAAACCAAGUCUCUGGCCCAGCAGCUAUCAAGGGAGGCCACUCAAACCGACAUUGAAGCCGACAGGUCUUAUCAACAUAGUCUCCGUCUCUUGGAUUCGGUGUCUCAGCUUCAGGGAGUCAGUGACCAGUCCUUUCAGGUAGAAGCAAAGAGGAUUAAACAAAAAGCUGAUUCUGUCUCAAGCUUGGUGACCAGGCAAAUGGAUGAGUUCAAGCGCAUGCAAAGCAGUCUGGGAAACUGGGCAGAAGAAACCCAACAGCUCUUACAGAAUGGAAAGAAUGGGAGACAGAAAUCAGAUCAGCUGCUUUCCCGGGCCAAUCUUGCUAAAAGCAGAGCCCAAGAAGCCCUAAGUAUGGGCAACGCCACCUUUUAUGAAGUCGAGAGCAUCCUGAAGAACCUCAGAGAGUUUGACCUGCAGGUUGAAGAUAGAAAAGCAGAAGCUGAAGAAGCCAUGAAGAGACUCUCAUAUAUCAGCCAAAAGGUUGCAGAUGCCAGUGACAAGACCCAGCAAGCAGAAACAGCCCUGGGCAGUGCUGCUGCAGAUGCCCAGCGAGCAGAGAAGGCAGCCAGAGAGGCUCUGGAGAUCUCCAGCGAGAUUGAGCAAGAGAUAGAGAGUCUGAACUUGGAAGCCAAUGUGACAGCAGAUGGAGCCUUGGCCAUGGAAAAAGGACUGGCCACUCUGAAGAGUGAGAUGAGGGAAGUGGAAGGAGAGCUGGCAAGGAAGGAGCUGGAGUUUGACAGGGACAUGGACACAGUGCAGAUGGUGAUUACUGAAGCCCAGAGAGUUGAUACAAGAGCCAAGAACGCUGGAGUCACCAUCCAAGACACACUCAAUGCAUUGGACGGCAUCCUACAUCUAAUGGACAAGCCUGGCAGUGUGGAUGAAGAGGGACUGGUUUUACUGGAGCAAAAGCUUUUCCGAGCCAAGACCCAGCUCAACAGUCAGCUGCGGCCCUUGAUGUCAGAGCUAGAAGAGAGGGCACGUCGGCAGAGGGGCCACCUCCAUUUCCUGGAGACAAGCAUAGAUGGGAUUCUGGCUGAUGUGAAGAACCUGGAGAACAUUAGAGACAACCUGCCCCCAGGAUGCUACAAUACCCAGGCUCUUGAGCAGCAGUGAAACUUCCAGAGAGAUUUCUCAACUGAGGUUCUCUGCAUACAGACCUCAGAGCUCAAGAGCCAUCUCAUGUGGGUAGGAUGGGAUGGGGGCAUUUGAACAUGUUAAAGGGGUAUGCUCAGAUCAACGGAACCUGACCCCAUCCUUGAGAUCAUGGCCAGGUGGAUGUCUUCUUGUAUGAACAUGAUACUCCCUGCCUCCUUAUGCUGGGCAAUGAGACUGAUCAAGGACCUGGACCCCAAAGGGUGCACCAGAUGGAAGGACAAACUACACAGGCAGAUAUUUGCCUCAGAAUAGUUAUAAAUGGAGUCUUGAAACUUGGACAAGCACUGCUGGGUUAUAGUCAGCUUAUUCUUUGAAUAAGGAAAAAUUGCUGACUUUGCCCAGGAUAAAAUUCUUCCCAAUGUUAGAACAAAGUGAAAUGCAGCCACACUGUGGCCAAGAAAACACUCUUGCUCGUAUUGUCCACUGCAAGCUUCUUGCUGAUCAGAGUUCCUCCUCCUUAUCACCAGGACGUGACCACAAACUCUGCUUGCAAGCUGGAAGAAGUGAACGGUGAUGGAGGGAGGACUGAAAGGCAGGCCCAGUGCGGUAAUUGUGCUUGCUGGUGCCCUGCCACCUUCCAGUCUGGGCCUGGAGCGACGUCCUUCCUCUUAAUAAUGCCAUGUUAUUACAAUAAUGUGAUGCAAGUUAGAGACUGUAUUUUUAUUAAAGCAUUUCCUACCAGCACAGCAAGCAUUGGGAAGAUAUUUACUUUUGAGUUACAGAGUAAUAGAAAACUGGCUUGGGCAUUGAAAGAAGAGAAAUUAUCUAGAAGAUUUAUUAGUCCUCAUUCAAUCUCAGUUUUCAACACUAAAAACUAUGUGCAUCUAUGUGUUUUAUUUUUUAUUUGCUUUUUUUUUUUUUUGAGUCAGAGUCUCACUCUGUUGCCUUUGGUAGGGUACCAUGGUGUCAUCAUAGCUCACAGCAACCUCAAACUCUUGGGCUCAAGAGAUCUUCUUGCUUUAGCCUUUCAAGUAGCUGGGACUACAGGCAUCCAUCACAAUGCCAGGCUAAUUUUUCUAUAUAUAUAUUUUUUAAUAGAGAUGGGGGUCUUGCUCUUGCUCACACUGGUCUCGAACUCCCGAGCUCAAGCAAUCCUCCCGCCUUAGCCUCGCAGAGUGCAAGGAUUAGAGGUGUGAGCCACCAUGCCCUGCCUUAUGUGUUUUAUUUUAUAUUCUCUCUCUUUUUAUCUCCAUUUCCCUCUAUAGCAGCGAAUGUUCCUACCCAUGCUUGAGCUGGGUAGAAUCCAUCCUUCCAUCUAUCCUUCUAGCAUAUAUUUAUUGAGUAUCUACUGUGUGCCAGGGGCUGGCUGUACAGUGCUGACUUAGUCUCUGCCCUCAUGCUGUUGAUUGUCUAAUGAAGAAGAAAAACAUAUAAAAAAAAUAAGCUUACAAACUUUGUUCAUUACAAGUGGUGUUUAUUGCAGGAACCUCUUAGUUUGCAACCUCUUUGCUCAACAGAACAUAUGUUGCAAGACCAUCCCGUGGGGCCACUUGAGCUUUGGCAAAGCUGAGAGAGCCCUGGGUUGUACACACGUCUUUGCAUUCCAGCUGUCACUCUGCCCCUUUCCACAACUGAUUGCAACAGAUUGUGGAGUCAUGAUACACCAGUGGGAAUUGCCAACCAGAGGCACUUCUGCCCUGGCUCAGAAGACGUCAUGCUGCCUCGCUUCCAUAUUUUCUUGGAUGGGAUGUGUUUUAAAAUAAAAAGCAAUUGUUAGAUCCCUGGGGUCAGUUUCUGAUUUACUGAACUCUAAGCCUAAGGUAGAAAUGCCAAAGCAAUGGAAACGAAAAUACCACAGAAUGGCAAUGGGUCCUAAAGUUAACAUCUUUAAUUCCUAUUUCUGAGCGUCUUAUUUUGGCCUUUCCAACCACGAGAGCACUUUAUGAGAUUUAAUUGAUGCUGCCUCCUAAGCAUGAAGAUUUAUCUCUGGAACAACCCAAGGUGGAUAGAUGGUAUAAUUAACGUUGUCAUUUUUCAUCCACUAUAAAAUAAAGGUAAUAUUAGUAACUUGUGGUACAUAUGUCAUACUUCUUAAUAAAUUAAGAUCUUGAUUAACCAUCAACCCAAAGAGCUGAGGAAAAGAUUCUGCUUCUGGCUACCUAGACCCAGAAUUUUGAUAGGUCUGACCACUUUGCUUUGUUUUCGGAGGAAGUGAAUUUAUAAUCCUGUCUUGGCAUAGUGAGUCACACAUGCUACAGAUCUUGCGCUGUAAUUAACAAGUGCCCAGAAAAUGUAUGUGUAUAAUUAAAAUAGAUUGGCUUCUACAUCACCAAGGCCUAAAAAUAUGCAUUAACUCAAACAUGGUAGACUUUUUUCUCUUGAUACCAUAACAGACUGGGUGGGAAACAGGAUGGCAAGGUUCCCUUUGUAUAGUCAUUGCAGAGGCCAUGCCGUUCAUAAUGUGACUUCUAAGGUUGCCUGGGGAAGGAGGAGCUGUCUCUGUUCCAGAUGGGUAGAAAAGGGAAAGAAUGUGAAGGAAAAAGACUCAUGGGAGUGCCAGGCCCAGUAGGGGCCUCACAUUCCAAAACCCAGUAUGACCACAUCUAAUUUUCAAAGGAUCUGGAAGAUGUGGUCCCUUCAGGGACAGUUCUAUAUCAUGAAAGGAGAGAAUACAUUGUUCAUGACUGGUUUUCUGUCUUUGCUGAGACUGGGACUAGACCGUACAUAUUCUAGGGAGCUUGGUGAGGGAUCCCACUAGUUAAUAACCAUGGUACAUGUAAUCAUAAAAAAGGAUUCCUCCUGGACAGAUUGUUAAGAAAGUCAUACGACUGUCUUCCCUGACAAAUGGGAGAUGAUGCCUGAGUAAUGAUGGGGAACAGAAAAGUGACCCCAGGGAACUCCCUUGGUAUAGAAAUGAUUUCCUCCUUUCUGACCUGACAAAUUAUCCGUUAAGAAGAGAGCAGGAGAUGUGGCUUAGAGAUAGGUUACCUGGGACCUAGCGUCCUAAUGCCAGUCCUCGACUUGAUCCUGCUGUGUUAAGGGAAUUUUCCUUCUGAUUUCCAGCUGGUAUUUAUAAUUUGUAGUGAGAGCUUUUUCCUCCUCUGAGAGUUUUCUGAUUAAUUGUGCUGUUGGUAGCCUAUUACACACAUCAUCUACCUUGACUCCUAGGGAUUUCUGUUUGGAGAGAAGGGUAGAAAUAAAACUGCCCAUAGUCUAUGACUUGUUAGCAGCUGCACUUCUGCUCUUAUUCCAAGAUGUGGUUUCUUUCCAGUACUCUUGGGAGGCUGGAGAAAAGGAUAAGAAGACAGUUCUGUCCAAUGUUUGGAACAAGUCUCAAGGACCAGGAGUAUGUUUAUCAUGUCUUCUUUUAAUGUUUUGUAUGGUCCUGGGAAUGUUAUGGAUUCUUGCUGUGGUUCAAUUUUCCCACUUGGAAAACAGACUAGAAUUUCUCUCUGCUUGCUUUGUCCUAUUGGCUACAUGAAAUUACCUAGGAAAUCCCAACAUCUGAAGCUUUCUAAUAGGUCAUAAGGGAAGAAAUGUAUAUGUAUAUGUAUGUUAAUUCAUAUUUAGUAUAUGUAUUCUAUAAGUUAAUAUAAGUUAGCAAAUUAAGCCAGUGUUUAUACUCCAUUUUAAACAAGCUCUCAUCAUUACACACUCUCAGAAGGAAGAAAAAAAAGCAGUGUUUAGCUUUGUGAAUAAAACUGCAAACAUAAACACAAGUAAUCAAAUUACAAGUAUAUCAAACAUCAUUAUGAUAUGCCACAAAGUCCACCUGGAUACACACAAAGCUGACCAAUCUCAAUUUUAAGCAGAAAAAAAAAAAAUCAAAGAACCCUAAAAACCAAAUAAUUUGAAAAGAAAAAAACCAAUCUGACAAACAAGCAACUAACUCUUAAAUGAGCUGGCCUACCAGGGCAUUACUAUCUCAGCUUCUGAAUCACAGCUGAUUAUUAGCUAAUAGCAACCCUCACUGAGACCUUACCCAAUCCAGGAUGAAUGCUAGAACUAAAGAUGAAAUAAGAACUAAUAAUCAUAGCAGGAAUGAAUAGUUAAUACAUCAUUCAUUUUUGUUUGUUUAUAUUGCCAAAACAAAUUGUAAGUUUAACAAUUGCUGUUUUAGUUAAAAUCUUUCAUGCCAAAAAGUUAGUUAACUUUCAAUUUUCACAAAUAUAUUUUUAUUUCAUAAAGUACUAAUUUCAUUAGGGAGCCAAGAUUAACCAACAAUGGACUAUGCAGAUUUGUCAGGAUCUAAGAUUGAAACUGAAAAUAAGUAGGCACAAUUAACAAAUUUGUUAAUUAUUCUUCCCCUUAUAAUCCGUGGGUGAAGUUAUAUAAACUUUUUAUAUUACACAUGUGACAUCAGCUAAACCAGGCAGAAAAGCUCCUGUUUCUAAGUCCAUUUUAACAACUGUUGUCUCCUGUGAAGACUAUGAAGGAAAAGUGAUCAAUUCUUCAACUCACAGAGAAGAUUCUAGACCAAGACGCAAGACUCUAGUAGCAUUGUCUUAUUUAUUAACAUAAUCGAAACAGUUUGCUGAUAAAACUCUUGUCCAUGACUAUUCUAGCAAUGAAAUUUUACUCAAAAUAUUUCACUGUGAAAUGGUUAUUUGCAACUUAAAUAUAGUUUUUAUUAGUGAAUUGAUUUCCAUAAAGCAAAUCUUAUUCUUAAAAUGGAAGAUUAUAUGACCAAAAAAAAUGAUUCAAAAAAAUGCUUCCCCCUCCCCAUGCCAACCCUCAAGAUCAUGAGGAUCAAGCUGAACUCUCAGUCCUGGGUCAAGAUGGCAGGUGGAAGGAAAAAGCUGUAACUCAUUCUAACCAACCAGAACAGGCUAACAGGACACACAAAACUCACACUACAAAGAAACCACAUGAAGAGUCAAGUGGGCAGCUACAGGAAGGUGCGGACUGGGUGAACCUGGCAGGGCACACUCACCAUAAUCACUACAGUACUAUCCCUAAAGUGUCCUCACUGUAGGAGCUACAAGAGCGGCCCCUCUUCCCAUCCUUCCCAUCUCCCCUGUUGGCCUCCUGCAGUAAGUAGCCUCGGGAGAGAUCCUGAGCUUUCCAUGGUCUGCUGUUUUAUUCUUGCAUGACUGUUUUGAGGAGUAAAGUAUAACAUGCUUCUCUGUCUCUGUCCCCUGCAAGUGUGCAUAUGUGUGUCAGUUUGGGGAGAGCAGGUUCGGGCUGUUAAAGUACAAGUUGCUUCUCCUGAAAUUCUCUGCCUUUUGCUGUCAUUUGAUUAUGGAAUCUCGCUUUCUGCUUAACUCAGACAGUGAGUUCUUCAGUUCUUUCUGAGAAGCUGGAGCUUGAAUCUAGAGAAAGGCUGGCCAAGCUGAGGCGGGAAGAACGGCGUCUCUAGAAGCUCUAGCUUUGGGAUUCAGGCACUUCAGUAAGAGACUUUCCCCCCUGUUCCUAUGUACAUUCAAGGAAAGUGAAAGCAAGAAGGCCUAGCCUUGGAGGCUACCCAGGGAAGGGGUGUGCAUGACUGAGGUACCCAAUAGCAGCACAGACUUCCCAGAGGACAUUCCUUAAGGAGAGAGUCAUUGACAAAGGGUUUUCUUCCUGCUUGUUCUUACAUUAGUCACUUUCAGAAAUGUGGGAGGGACCUUUUUAGUGGUAGGUAGGAAAUGAGGAAACGUGGCCAUUGCUGUCCAUGCCUUUCUCACUUCCUCUGAGCCAUCCCAGUCUUGGGUUGGCCUUUCUAGAAAGGAGCAGAACUCCAGAGGCAAAGUUGGGGUCUAGAGGUUAUCCUGUUGGCACCUGGGGCACCACUUAAGACUGGAUCAUCAUUCUGGUCUUGGCUGUGGCUUGGUCACAGUACAGUGUCCUGCUCUGGACCAGAGAGGUACUCAGACCUUCCCCAAGCAAAUGAAGAGUAGGGUGGGGUGGGGCCUGGACAAUUCUACCAGAAGGGGGAUUCACAUUCCUUUUCUUGAAAGACAGCUAUUUUUACUCCAACCCUUGGGAUCCACCAGUCAGCUCCAACCAUGCCUAUUCUUCUCGUUUUGCUCUCUCUUCCCUUUCCCAAAAGCCUUCCUGCUGCACAUCAAGCACGCAGAGCCACCUGGUUCUUUCUCAUGGGCUGUAGACUAAAUGGGACCUGACCAGAGUCCAGCAGAGUAACAGAGAAAUGAAAGAAGUCAAGUCUUUCUCAGGUCUGCUCCUAAGGAUCCUCAUAACUCUCCCCAGAGUCCUUGAAAAAGCCAUGUUUCCCCAGGAGCACAGUCCUCUGUUUUCCCUUGUUUAUGAUAGUAUUGUCUGGACAAAAGUCUUCCAUCUUUGUCUCUCCAGCAAUAGUAUCAUCUUGAACAUUUCCUGGGUCUUCCUUGGCCUUCCCCAGAGCCAUCCUUUCUUGGGUCAGUUUCUAAGAUUUCCUCCAAAUUGUUAAGAUCUCCUGAUUUCUAAGGGAAACCUAGCCAUGGUCUCCCUCACCAUCACAUCCUCCCCCGCAAGACUGGCAUGAGUGUGCCAUGUAGGGGAGCACUUGGGACACACAUAAUUUAGGGUAAGGCUGGAGGGCAGUAGAGACCACAUGUGCCAGGGGGGUCAGCAUCAUAGGGGAGUGGCAAGGCAGAGGCCAUGUGGCAUGAUGGCCUAAGGGCCAGGGAAAUGCACCCUCUUGUCAGGCCCUACAUAUGCUGUGUGUCCUUAGACCAGCCAUUUCAUACCAUCAACCUCUGCUCCCUCACCUUUAAAGGAGACUGUUAGAUCAACUGAGUGCUACAGAUUUUUGAAGAUAAUUAUUUCAUGAUCCUUAGUUAAGUACUGAAACUCAUGAAUAAGAUUUUCCUUUCUUCCUCUGAUGACUAUUUCCAUAAUCUAAGAAGAAUAACACUCCCUCUGGAUGCUACUCUACUGUGUUCUUCUGUUGAAUCCAGUUUCUUUUCCUGGAGACAACAGAAGGAUGUUGCAGAUGUGAGAUGUGUGGUAAGGAACAUUGUCCCUGGUUUCAGGUCCCACCUGGCCCCUCCUAUGUCACAGCUGGCACUAAAUUCUGAUACAAGUAUUCUAAUACUCAGGGACCAUUCCUCAAAGACAACCUGGAACCCCAAAGCUAGGGACUGGAUAAAGGACACAAAACACAAGAGAGUAAUUUCCUCACAGCUCUCCAAGUAUGACAUGAGUGAGGCCUUAACAACCAGAACAAAACCUGUCAAAACUAUCCCCAGGAACAGAGAGUAAGGUAGGAAAUCAGGGAGGAUGAGGGUGAAAUAGUUUAGUGGCUCUUGACCUCUCCAAGAUCUUUCUUCUGGGAACCUACUCACCCUGUCAGGCAGAUUUCCUCAGCUGAUCCCUGUGGCUGCUGGGCUCUGUGGGAGAUGUGACCAGUCCCAGAAACAAGAGUGAGGCACUGCUUGCUUCUCUGGAAGGAACCAUCUCAGUCACUUCCUGGGUCACCAAAGCUACAGAGGGUGAGAACUAGCAAAUCCCAGCAGGGUAACAAAUUAUUUUCUCCUAGGUCAACCCAAAUUUGCAUGUCAUGACAGAGACAUUUCCCAGCCAAACAAGUAAUAAAUAAUUCCAAUUAGCAAAGAUCUCAAGGGUUGAGUGAAUUUCUAGCAUGUUUGGGUUUUGUUUUUUUUUUUAAGAAGUGACUGCAUCGUCAGGAUUUGGCCUUGCCUGUGUGAUUCUUCUCAGAUAAGGAAUGUGGCGAAGCACGGCCUUCAUUGGCUUAAACGGUGAUCCGAAGGCUGCAGGAAAAUGCCUGGGCUGAUGGGGAACCCACACCACCCUACAAGCCACAACCCAUGUUAUAAAUGAACAGAUGCCACCAGAAAAUGAGGCUGGACUGGCUCUGCAUGACCACAAACCAGAGUAUCAGAAAAAUGAACUCUGGGAAAGGAAAUGGACUCAAAUUCUGAGAAACCCUGCUAUUCCCUGACUUGCCUCCCAGAUUUUAGAACCUGAAAGUUUCACUCUGGUGGCGGCUGCUGCUGCUGCUGCUGUGUGUGUGUGUGUGUGUGUGUGUGCGCGCGCGUGCGUGCGUGUGUGUGAUGUGUGGGAGAAGUGGAGGUGGCUUGGCCUUCUCUCCUCCGUGUGGCCCUCAUACACUUGCUGAGUGCUAAAGCUGGCUACAGUGUCCUUCAAAAGGGAAAUAAUACCACAGGAGUGUAUCAAGACUACAAACAUAAAGAACCACAGACACUGAUUUCAUCCAAAUUCUACGAGGAGUGAACAAAGAAAAAUAAAUUAAUUAAAAAAAAAAAGGAAAAAUAGCCCUUUGUAGUAAAGGGCAUGCUGGGAAGGCAAGAGCCAGAACUGCCUCCCCAGAGCAUGCUGGGAGCCUGGGCACCAGGGCCACCUCCCCAGAGCAUGCUGGGAGGAUGGGCGCCAGAGCCACCUCUCUAGAGCAUGCUGGGAGACAGACACCAGUACAUCUCUAAGGACAGCAAC